AACCACCUCAUUUCCGUUUCUAAUCACAAUAUAUUGGCAGUCUCUCAGGCAGAAUAGUAGGAUAAGAAACAGCUGUUGCUGCUGCUAGGGUACGUCCGAGAAUGGCAGACUCCGCAUCUAGAGGAGAAGCCCCUUGGUCCACGGGUCUUUUCGACUGCUUCUCUGAUUGUUCACUCUGCUGCCAGACAACCUUCUGCCCAUGCAUUACUUUUGGCAGGAGCGCAGAGAUUAUAAUGAAAGGAUCAUCUUCUUGUUGUGAAAAUUGUCUUCUCUAUGCAGCGAUACAAUAUUUAACUGGAUCUCUUUUCUCCAUAUUGUAUGGGUGCUACUAUCGUAGAAAACUCAGGCAGCAAUACGGGUUGAAAGCAAGCCCUUGUCAUGAUUAUUGUGUUCACUGUUUCUGCCACUACUGUGCCCUGUGUCAAGAGUAUCGCGAGCUCCGAAACCAGGGAUUCGACAUGAAAAUUGGAUGGAAUGCUAAUGUUGACAGAGGCGUGACAAUGGCCCCGGUGGCGGAAGGAGGGAUGAAACGCUAGUGAGGAACAAUUUCUAGCUUGUAUUUUGGCUUCUGUCAGUGCUGCUUUCUUGCGUGUGAAGGUUUAGGUUUGCAAAUAACAGAGAUUUUCAUGAAUCUCCCUGUAUAUAUUUCUUGUUUGUGGCUUUUUUUUUCCCUGAAGGAUGAAUAAAUUCGUGCCUCGCUCAAGGGGACAAGUACAUUA